GUUAAUAUAAAGUAACAUUCAAAUGAUAAACUCACUUACUCAUAACCGUUACUUUGAUAUUCGCUUUUGAUUUUCUCUCGUUUUCCUUUUUAUUUCAUUUUAUUUCUUUUCUUUUCUGCUUGUUGACAAUCAAUUGUCUCGAUUCCUCAAUCAAAAUGCCAAAAGUGUUUUUAAUUCGAAAACGACUGAGUUGUAAAGACCACAAUUCGCAACCGUCCCAGUGGAGACCAGUGACACCACCACCGAGUCCAGAGGACGAUGAGAAAAUCUCUCCUCCCGUUGGAUCGGGAACAUCGUCCAAUUCAGUGACCAAUUGUCACAAUCUCCACAAGAAAUUCGGAUCCAUUGAAUUGUCCUCUUCUCCUCUCGGUGUCGAGCAUCACUCUCACCAUGGAAUUGGAAUUGCAAGUGCAAGUGACAGUAAAUCAGUGAAACGAUCAAGUGAGGAGAGUAAAUAUUUCAACGAACAAUUUUAUCUACACAAACAACCACAACAAGGGAAUCGUCGGCGUCCAUCGUCCUAUUCGUCGGCCUCGUCAUCUGUUGAUUGUCUUUCUACAACCACAUCACCUGAACCAAUGUCUCCAUCUUUUCCUGAUGACAUUUUAUCGAAUGAGUCAAACUCUCGGUGUGCAUUGGAAUGUUUAUCUUCCCCAUGUCCAUCGACAUCUUCAUCAUCCUCAUCGAUUCCCGACUCAUCCACUUCAUGUUCCCCAUCAAUUUAUCAACGAGGUUCUGUCAUCAAAUCAACUAAUCAGUCGGACGGUCCUCUCAACUUGAAAGUAUCACAACACCAACACCAACAACAAGCUCAUCUUCAAUCGCGACAAAAGAAUCAAUUUGCUCAUCAUCCACAACCACAAUCACCAUCACCAUCAUCUUUAUCUCUCUCAUCUCAAUCAUCUCAAUCCACUCAAUCCCAAUUAGAAUGUGAAUCUCAACCAAUAAUCAAAGUGACUGACAAAAUGUACAAAGAAUCAAUUGAAAGAUCUCGUAUUGAGGCGGGUGGAAAUGAAGUGCCCGCUUCGCUCCCAGACACAGUUAAUUUACUCGCUCAAAGACUGGGAAUUCCUCUUCACAUGUUCAACUCGAUCGAUUUCGUAAACGGAGGCCAUGGUCUUAAGAAUCCACUACUGACCAGUUCGAAUGCCACAAAGAUACAACCAGUAGUCCAGCCGAGUUUAGAUGAUCCCAUGAAAUGUCCAAUUUGUGAUAAGCGAUUCACUUUGUCCCGAUUAUUGAAUCGACACUUGAAAUGUCAUUCGGAUAUCAAACGUUAUCUUUGUACAUUUUGUGGCAAAGGUUUCAACGACACUUUCGACCUGAAAAGACACACACGGACUCAUACAGGUGUUCGUCCUUAUAAAUGUAAUCAUUGUGAUAAAUCAUUUACUCAGAGAUGUUCAUUGGAAUCGCACACACUCAAAGUCCAUGGGAUUUCUCACACUUACGCUUACAAAGAGCGAAGGACAAAGAUUUAUGUGUGCGAAGAAUGUGGAAAUACAACUAAUCAACCAGAACAACAUUAUAUUCACUUGAAACAGAAUCAUCCAUAUUCACCAGCAUUGGCGAAAUUCUAUGACAAGAGACAUUUCAAGUUCAAUGAUAACAAUUUUCCAUUCGCCGAAUGAUCAAUUCGACUGCUUAUCCGAGAUAAGUUAAUCAUCGAAAUGGAUCAACAUUAAAUUCUGAUUGGUUUGCAUGGACGACAAUCGAUUUUCAUCUCUUUUUCUCUCUUCGAAUCAAUUUCAUCAAUUUCAUCAUUUUCACUUAUUUUUUGCUAAUCAUUGAAACAAACAAACAAACAAGUGACUUAAUUGGCAAUCGUUGAUUUGAUAAUAUUAAUAAUCUCAAAUCAAAUGUAAUUUUUUUGUAAAAUUAAUCCAAAAAUCUAAAACCUCAUUGAAUCUCUUUCCUUUCACAUCUCAUUGACAUUUAGAUUCUUGGACUAAUUAUAUUAAACUCAUUCCUUUUUUUGACUGUUAAUUGUUCUUCUAAUUAAUGUGUAAUAUUUUCAAGUGAUCACAUUCAUCAAUUUUUUAUUCCAUCAUUUUAUUAAUUGUGAUCAUAAACCUCGAUGAACAAUUAACGUUCAUUUAUUUUUACUGAUGUUUUUUUAUCAUUACCAAAUUUUCACAAUUGACCAAUGCUCAUUUUUUUUUUGUAUCUGAUGAACUUUUUUUUCUGAAUGACAAUUGAAAUUGAUUUUCAACAAUAAAAAUUAUUUCCAAAUGAA